ACUCGGAGGCUGGAGCAGAAUAGUGGAAGUCGCCAGUUGAGCUGGAGACCUGUCUGCAGACUGUGGAUCCACAGAAAGUUCUCACUUUGUCCGUCCGACAAGGAGAAGAAAAAUUCAUUCUGGGGUGUACCUUUCACCCUUAGCAACUUGCAUAAAAAUCGUGAUAAAAUUCCACGAAAAAUCCCUGUGAAUGAGGUUCUACUGAGUAAAUUGUGAUUUAAAAGAAAAAUCUCUGUUCCUUCCUAAAAUCCUAGAAAAAAAAUCCAACCAACGAGGGUUUAAAAUUGCUAAAGUGUUGCAAAAUUAUCUGAAAUAAGAAUUUAAAAAUAAAAAAAAACAGUGCAGAGUGUUGUUAGUCAAAGUUCUGUGAUUUCAUGUGCAAUUGAUACCCUGAAAAAGGUAUUUUCUCUCAUCCCAAAACCUCAUUUCAUAACAUUUUUCGUGGUGAAAGUUGCUAGUGAAAGCCGUCAAAGUGAUUCUCAUAAAGAAUUACGUGGAAAAUCUCCGCAAAUUCAUUGAGGAGAAAAUGGCAGUCAACCCCACGAAUUACAAAUUGUCGGAUCGGACGGCCAGACUCACGGCACAGGAUAUCCUGCCUCAUCAAGUGACAGCAGGUCCUGAGACGAAGGAGUUCCUGCUCAAAGUCAUAGAUAUCCUUCUCGAUUUCAUCCGAGCGACAAAUGAUCGCAACGAGAAGGUGCUGGACUUUCACCAUCCGGAGGAGAUGAAGAAGCUCCUUCAGCUAGAAAUUCCUGAUAAUCCCGUCUCUCUGCAGCAAUUGCUUGCCGAUUGUGCCACAACACUCAAGUAUCAGGUGAAGACUGGUCAUCCACAUUUCUUCAAUCAACUCUCAUGUGGCCUCGAUAUCAUCUCCAUGGCCGGGGAGUGGCUCACAGCCACUGCCAAUACGAAUAUGUUCACCUAUGAAAUAGCUCCGGUGUUCAUCCUCAUGGAAAAUGUAGUGUUGACGAAGAUGCGCGAGAUCAUUGGGUGGAACUGUGGUGAUUCGAUUUUAGCUCCUGGCGGUUCUAUUUCAAACUUGUACGCCUUCCUUGCGGCUCGCCAUAAGAUGUUCCCUGGCUACAAGGAGCAUGGGAGCCGUGCCCUACCUGGUGACCUGGUCAUGUUUACAUCUGAUCAGAGCCACUAUUCCGUGAAGAGCUGUGCCGCCGUUUGUGGUCUGGGAACAGACAACUGCGUCAUGGUGCCUUCAGAUGAGCACGGUCGAAUGAUCACCACAGAAUUGGAGCGCAUGAUACUGGAGCGAAAGGCCAAGGGUCAGAUUCCUUUCUUUGUAUCAGCCACCGCUGGAACUACAGUGCUCGGUGCUUUUGAUCCCCUCAAUGAGAUCGCCGACAUUUGCGACAAGUACAAUCUCUGGCUUCAUGUUGAUGCUGCCUGGGGAGGUGGAUUGCUCCUUUCGCGGAAAUAUCGGCAUCCACGUCUCUCUGGCAUUGAGAGAUCUCUUUCUGUCACCUGGAAUCCGCAUAAAUUAAUGGGAGCUCUUCUCCAGUGCUCAACAAUUCAUUUUAAGGAAGAUGGCCUCCUGAUGAGCUGCAAUCAAAUGUCAGCCGAAUAUCUCUUUAUGACUGAUAAACUUUACGAUUUGAGCUACGAUACAGGUGAUAAAGUGAUUCAGUGUGGACGUCACAAUGAUAUAUUCAAGCUUUGGCUGCAGUGGAGGGCUAAAGGAACUGAAGGAUUUGCAGAUCAUAUGGAUCAUCUGAUGGACUUAGCCCAAUAUCAAGUGAAGAAAAUCAAGCAGAAUCCAGAUAAAUUCUAUCUAAUCAUGGAGCCUGAGUGUGUCAAUGUGUCUUUCUGGUACAUCCCGAAACGCCUUAGGGGUGUGCCUCAUGAUUCUAAGAAGGAAAUUGAAUUGGGAAAGAUUUGCCCCAUUAUUAAAGCCCGAAUGAUGCAAACGGGUACAAUGAUGGUUGGCUAUCAGCCAGACGAUCGUCGACCCAAUUUCUUCCGCUCAAUUAUUUCAUCGGCAGCCGUAACUGAGAAGGACGUUGACUUCAUGCUCGAGGAAUUUGAUCGAUUGGGACAUGAUUUGUAAGCAAGUGCAAUAUUCCACCGAGAACUGCCACUUUUAACGAUGGAUGGUGCGUAAAAAAAAAGUGAACUAAAAAGAAGGUUCGAUGCGCCAGAAGGGCGUACCAAGUUGUUCGACAUAAACCUCCCGAAGAAAACCAAGGAUUAUCAUUUUGAACAACAUAUCAAAGUGUGAGAAUGUCUAAAAGAAAGAAAUAUUUUAAAAAACAGAAAUUAUUUAUCGCUAAAUUCUAUAUAAAUUGACAAUGAAGACAAGAGACAUGUAUUUUAACUGUUGCUGUUAUUGAAAUAUAAAAAAAAUAUAAUCUAUAAAUUAUAUAAAUUUGAUGAUAGAAAAAAAUGAAACAUUCUAUUUGAAAUGAUGGAGAAUCCACUCGUAAUGAGACAGAAAAAGAGAAUAUUAAUCAUGUUGACAAAUUACCAAAGAUAUUAAUGUGAAUUUAUUUGUUUCAGACAGAGAGAGAAACACAUAAUUUUAGAUGAAUAUUUACUCCUUUGGGCACUCAAGUGUUAAAAAAUAAAUGAAGUUACUAUCGUGCUUUUCCUAUUUAUUCACGCGAAAAGUCUAAAAAAAAAAGAUUGUUGCUAUUAUCAACCGUACCUUCUUUUCCUUUGUCAAAGUUUUAUUAUUUGAAGUAAAAAUGUUAUAUAAUUAUAUAAAGUAUACAGAAUAUAUUUAAAAAGUAACGUAAAAUAAUAAUAAUGUAAAAUUAUUUAUCAUUCUGUAUAUUUUUCAUGAGAUAAAAAAAAUGAAUUAAUUUUAGUUUUAAUUGCGUAAUGUUCUUAGAAACAUUCGUCUAUGUGUAGCUCGCAAUAAAUAUUCCAGAAAAUGAAAUGAGAAAAAAUCGUGAAAAGAAAUUAUAAAUAAAUGUGUAAAAUGAACAUAAAGAUUAUGCUCUAUGUAAAAAAUUCAUCGAAUUACCGUAAAAAUU